CCCUUCUCCCCCUCCCGCCCCCUCCGGCCACCCCCUCUUCUUCCUCGUCCUCCUCAACUCUGCCGGGGACGCUCCUCCACCGGGGACGCUCCUCCACCCCGCGCCGGCCGCCCACCAUGGCUUCCGAGGAGCUCUAUGAGGUCGAAAGAAUUGUAGACAGAAGGAAGAACAAGAAAGGAAAGAUAGAAUAUCUGGUGCGGUGGAAAGGCUAUGACAGUGAAGAUGACACUUGGGAACCAGAGCAGCAUCUUGUGAACUGUGAAGAAUACAUUCAUGAAUUCAACAGACACCACAACGAGAAACAGAAGGAAAGCAUUUUAACUAGGGCAAAUAGGAUGUCUCUCAACAAUGCCAGGAAGCAGAUUUCUAGAUCAACCAAUAGCAGUUUUUCAAAGACAUCUCCUAAAUCAUUAGUAAUUGGCAAAGUCCAUCAGUCAAAAAAUAAUCCAUUGUUUACUGCCAGCCAGAAGCUCCGGAAAAAUACAUCCCCAUCUUUCUCAAACAGGAAAGAUAUGGACCUUGCAAAAUCUGGUAUUAAAAUCCUGGUGCCUAAAAGUCCUAUUAAGAGUAGGACAGCAGUUGAUGAUUUUCAGAAUGAAAGUCCCAAUAAACUAGAUCAAAUUGAUCAGGAUCAGGAAGACUCUUUGGCACCUGAAAUGGCAGCAGAAAAGCCAGUUGGUGCUUUCCUGGGUCCUGGUGCAGAAAGGGCUAGAAUGGGGAGCAGGCCAAGAAUACACUCCUUAGUGCCUCAAUUGCCAGUUCCGGUUACUGCAACCAUCACAUCCACAUUAACGAUCAAUGGAAAAGGUUCAUCUACCUUUUUGGAUACAUUAGCCACCAAUGGGACAACCAGUGUACAAACAUCUGUUUCAGGUGUGACAGCCAGCAAAAGAAGGUUCAUGGAGGACAGAAGAGACCAACCUUUUGACAAAAGGCUGCGUUUCAGUGUGCGACAAACUGAAAGUGCUUAUCGAUAUAGAGACAUUGUGGUUAGAAAGCAGGAUGGCUUUACUCACAUUUUAUUAUCAACAAAAUCUUCAGAGAAUAAUUCCCUAAAUCCAGAGGUAAUGAAGGAAGUUCAGAGUGCACUGAAUACAGCCGCUGCAGAUGACAGUAAGCUUGUGUUACUCAGUGCGGUGGGUAGCGUCUUCUGCUGUGGUCUUGAUUUCAUUUAUUUUAUACGGCGUCUAACAGAUGAUAGAAAAAGAGAAAGCAGUAAAAUGGUGGAGGCCAUUAGAAACUUUGUCCAUACUUUGAUUCAGUUUAAGAAGCCCAUCAUUGCAGCAAUAAAUGGUCCAGCGAUUGGCCUUGGAGCUUCCAUACUGCCUCUCUGUGAUGUCAUUUGGGCUAAUGAGAAAGCUUGGUUUCAGACCCCAUACACCACCUUUGGGCAGAGUCCUGAUGGAUGUUCUUCCCUCUCUUUUCCCAGGAUAAUGGGACUAGCUUCUGCGAAUGAAAUGUUGUUCAGUGGAAGGAAGUUGACCGCACAGGAGGCUUGUGCCAAAGGAUUGGUCUCCCAAGUGUUUUGGCCGGGGACAUUCACACAGGAAGUAAUGUUUCGAAUUAAGGAACUUGCCACAUGUAAUUCACUUGUUCUUGAAGAAUCCAAAGGUCUGGUGCGCAAUGUCAUGAAGAUGGACUUAGAGCAAGCAAAUGAGAGAGAAUGUGAAAUGUUAAAGAAAAUUUGGGGCUCUGCUCAAGGAAUGGACUCCAUUUUAAAAUAUUUGCAGAGAAAAAUUGAUGAAUUCUAAUUGGAUGCAGUGCUCAUAAAAUGACACUGGAAUUGAAUUUAAUGGAAAAUCUAUGGCUCAAAGAUACUCCAAUCCAUUUGAAAGCCUGAAACAAUUUUACUCAUAGCUGAAAAAGCUUGGAAACUGGAAAAUCCAAAGCUGUGUACCAUUGAGGAGUUUUUAAAAGUACUGUAUCUUAAAGAGAAAAAAAAUGACCAGAUCUCCUUUGUCCUGACAUAAUUCUUUUAUAUUGAUUAAACUUACACACACAAACUAAAAAUAUAGCAGUGAGUAUCAGACGGCUGUUGAAGCUUUAGUUUUAUUAUCUUUGACUAGAACAUGUAAAGAAGAAAAGCAUUGAAUUGUGUUUGUUGCUUCUUGGGUAGCAGAAAAGUCUGGAAUAAUAUUUGUUUUUUGUAUACAUAUUUUCUUUUAGACUACAGAAUUUAAACGGGUAUUAGCUAAACUUUUCACUGACCCAAGAAAUCAGACAAGAACUGAGACAGUGCAUUUUAUCUCAGAGAAGGUGCAAAUGCCUCAAAUAAUAGAUUAUUCUAAAUAAAAAUAAAGUGUCUUUUAUAGGAGAAGUCCUUAGAGUGAAAAGCUGAAUGAUGCACAUAUCCUAAAAAAAGAAUGUGUGCUCAGGAUUUAUGCUAAGAAAACAUCUGACUCCCUUUAAAAAAAAGUCAAUUCUUACACACUUAGCAUGAAGAAACCACUGUCACUCUAGAAGAAAGCUUAUUUUGCAGUAUUAGUAAAUCACUGAAUGUCUUAUAUAUGAAUAUCUAAGUUAUAAAUUAGUCAUAAUGGGUUUUUAAAUAGUUUUCCUGACUUUUUUAAAAAAGUAUUUAACAGCUUCUUGUUGCUGAGUGAGAAUUCUACUUUAUAUACAGUUUUGUGUUCCUUUUGCAGAUUUGAUGUAUUACACCAAAAAAUGCAUUUUAAGUUCAUACAUGUAAUGUCUAGAUUCACUUAGAAUAUAUUUUUAUUUAAUAAAUUAAAUUCUUUUGGCACACUAUUAAAUACAGGAACAUAUUUUAAAAAACAACUACCUUAUAUUAGACAUUUACUGUUCUUUAUGCUUUUUAUGUCUCCACCAUGGACUUUAUACAGCAUGGUGUAUGAGUGCCCUGUGUAAAUAGACAUAUUUUGCAUUCCUUUCAGGAAUUGUUAAUUGUUACUGAUUCCUGACUACAGGUGCCUGUUAUUACUUGGGCAUCUGGGCUUGCAAUCGCAAUGAAUGUAUGAAGAACGAAAUAAAAUCAAACCUUAUUUUUGUACAGUUUUGAAGUUUAUACUUGGAACUUACCACCUCCCCCAACUUCCUGUGUAAAUCAGUCUUUAUCUGGGAUUGGUACAGUAUUUUUGCAUCUGUGGGACUUAGUUAUUUGGUCAGUAGUUAAACUAUAUAUAACUGUACAAUCUGUAAAGUUUUUAAAGAAUAAAUAUUCAGUUGUGAAAACUGGUUAAAAUAAAACUAAUAUUUCUUAACA